CUUCUGACAAGAUACACUGCAGUACGCAACUCGAUGACACUGCUUGCAAACGGAGAAAUGUUGGCCGUCGUUUGGCGCAGCCGAGCAAUGGUUGCACACUGCGCUCUUGUUCCAACAGGACCGGCGUCGGCAUUGCGGAACGUGCGACGACUGAGCUCGAUCAUCGGCGCCGGAGGAGGGCCUGUCGGGACCACGCUACUAGCCAUCGAGGAGGAAUACAUAUUCGGCGAUCGUUCCCUGUCCGCUCAUUUGAAUUUCGUUGCGUGCCCGAAUCCGGAUUAUAUGCAACCGUUGCAGUGACGCCUACUCAUCGUCAUCGUGUCUGUCCUCGAGCUUCGAUCCAUUGUAGCAGAAUGGGUUGCCCGGCGAACGGUCUGGCUAUUAGUAACUGUCAUACGAACCAAUGUUCGGGCUGCCAGUGCCGCGCAAACAUUCCAGCUGCGACAUCGUUUUUGAAAUCGUUGCAGCCCCCAAAGAAGCCCACACAUUGGCGAUAGGCCGAGGAAGUGACUGAGAAUCCACGUCGCCGUGCAUACGCACGUGACCGUUCACCCCGAGUCCGCCGCGGUCGCGCCGGUCGCCUGCCGAU